AUGCCCAUGCCAAGAAAGAAAAAGUUACUAGUCAAUACCAACAGUGGUGCGAAAUCCAAAUUGACUGUUCUGUCCAAUAAUGAGACCACCAGGGAACUUGCUGAUUGCGUGUUUCGCUGCGCCGGAAACUGUGUCAACAUUAAUCAUCGUUGGGUCUUCCAAAGUCCCAAAAAUGGUGUACCAUUGAUCAUCAAGGUUGAGCUUGAGAAUCUUUUGUACAAAAUAUCGUCGCUGCAUAACGCCAAGAAGGAGCUCUCAGCAUUCGGUGGGAAACCCAAGAAGACGGCUGACAAGUCCGAUGAUAACAUGAUCAUAUCCAAGGUUACAGAUAGGAUGCCGCGGCUCCGUAAAGGCACGGAUGCUCGUACAUUUCUGGGACGCACUGCCGAGAUGAAGCAAAUGUUGGAAACCGGCCGAAAACGGACAGAGGUUUUCCAUGAAUUCGCCACAAGAAAUUCCAAACAGAAGGAUAUAGUGGAAAGGUUUGCCUCCAUCAAGGACUUCGUUCUGAUCCUCGGCAAGUUCAGCGGUCCUACCUCUGCUCUUCGAGCACAAAAGGAGCAAAAGUCUCCGCAGGGUUCUGCUUCUACCCGACAAAGAUUGAGUAAUAAUGAUGCUAAUGGCAAGAGCGAUAACAGAAAAUAUAUCUAUCAUAGACUAGGAAAUUUCCCUUCAGAAGGUUCAUACAGCAAACAAUCUACUCGUAUUCUACUUGGUGGAGCCAAAGCAUCUAAGAUCUGUAUCUCUUCUGCUAUCACACAGGCAAGAACAAGCCUUUUAGAAAAUAAGCACAUCGAGAAGCAUGUAGAUGAUAUUAUCUUCAUUCGAAACGAAAAUGUAGACAAUGUGUAA